AUGUCUUUGGAGCCCAGGCCUUCUGUUCGGUCGGCUAGUGGAUACAGAAGAGUGAGUAUACAUCCAGACGAGGGUGAAAUGAGAAGUAUAGACGGUGUUGUCCACGUACACCCCCGAGGAGAGGAAGAUCCCGACUCGGAUCCAGAUCUUCGUAUAUCUCGACGUGUUACGGAAGACUUCCAGAGAAGAUGCGGGAACGCCAUACCGCCGCAAUGGAAACCCCAAAACCCUGAAGAGCUACAAACACAUUUCAGUACAAUGAAUAGGGAGACCCAGUCUCACUUAGCCCGACAGCACUCGGCAAAGAAGCAGUUUUUUCACCUACUCUGGAAGAUACUCUUGAGAUGGUUCGCUACUUUCGUACUUUCCGCAGGCAUGUUGGUCACAUUUUAUGAGUUUGAAAAGGUUAUGAUUUUGGACAAAUCCCAGAAAAGAUGGUUCAACGCUUUGUCCACAGGUCUAUAUUUAACACUGGGACUAAAUCUUGCCGGUUCAUUCAAAGGGAUGGCAACUAUCAUCCGAUGGAAGCUACUAUCAAGGAAGUCUCAUUCAUUAGAAGAAGUGGACUUUAUUCUAGGAAUAUCUAGUUUGAUAAAGGUUUUCCGUUUCGGCCUCCAUAGUUUGAAAGGCCGACCGCUGCGAGCGUUCCUUUGCUUCUUAUGGCUUCUCAUUAACUGUAUUGGGAGACUUUCUGUUGCUCUUACGGGGUUAACAUACAGCUAUGAUAGUGCCGACGCAUUUUUUUCUACUCCAGGACAAGUGGCCAUCAGUGACCUGUCGUACUUUUGGCCCUCGAAUGAUACAAGUGAGAAACCGGCACCAGGCGCCGAGUAUUCUACAGCUCAUGCUUGGGGCUUAUCUUCAAUAUUACUUGGUAAUUCAGAGGAAUCUCACUUUGGUGAAUUUGCUCAUGUUCUUGAAAAUCACGAUGGACAAUGGCGUUACUAUUUCCGGGAAUAUAGCCCAACUAACCAAGCCAUAUCACACAAAUCGGACCGGUAUAUUACGGUCUCUACGACUUGCAAUUAUUUUCCUGUGAUAAAGGGCCAAAAUGGCACUACAGAUUCUAUCACAUAUCGUAAUGGUACUGAAGAAAUAGAGCUUAAAGAUGUCGGGUAUCAUUCACGCGGCGUAACAACUUGGUUGAACCUACGAAGUGAUUUAUUGGGAAAUGCCGAAUGGUACUGUGGACCUAGAUGCGCUGCCAUGGCUGCUAUCCAAUAUCUUCCAUACGACCCCAACCUAGAUGCCGAUAUUGAGAAACGAGAUGAUGAUGACGAGGAUGACCAGAAUAGCGAUUCAAACGAAUACGGAUCCUAUUUCUCAUGUACAAUUGACAUUUCAGAAGUGCACAACGCCAAAAUUCCCGAACACCAUCUUCCAGAUCGAAUGGCAGUCAUCGCGGCAGGUGCGAUCGGUUCUCAAGGAUAUGCGAACGGAUACAAUACCUCAUGGGCUUCUGUUGGUUACUAUGAAGGGACAAUGUGGGGUGAACGUGUGGAAGGGGAUGCAGAACGUAUGGCUGAGUUAGGCGGCCAAUUUGCGUGCGGAGUAAUUGCAUCCCGUGAUCAAUUUGGGUCAUCGACCAUCAAAGCCCAGGGGAAUAAGCCUGCGAUUGGUGUGCUAUUGAAGAUUAAAUGGCCAGAAACGAUUGCGAUACUUGGGGGAAUUUUGCUGGCACAAUUAAUCAUGGGGUUGAUGGUCAUCUUAUGGUCAACUACGGUCAUCUGCAAGGCCGACUCUUAUCUAGCCACGGCAAGAUUACUUAGACCAAUUGUCGAACGUCUUGGACCAAAUGGUUGCUAUCUCACAGGCCAAGAAAUAUCCAGUACCUUUGAAGGCCGUGUGGUGUAUGGUGUUCGAGUGGAUCCAUCGGGUACGCGUCACCAUCUCGAUAUUGGUGAGGACAUCACUGUGAAGAAGCACUUUCCCGAGGGCUGGUACGACGGAGAGGAGGAUUCGAUGUAUCCGAAGAGUAGUACUUCCUGCCAGGAGACAAAAUCUUUAGAGAGAGCCGGAAUUGUACGAGACAAAACCAGCACCCCAAGGCUACGGAGACGCCGGAUCAUAAAGAAAACUCGACGUGGUACUGUCUUUGUUUAA